AUUGUCGUGGGCCGGUGCUUGUCCCACUCCAAAGUCCAAACCCUUCUCAACUCUCAUUCAUCAUUACUACUUUUUUCUUUUACUGUCGGUUUGAUACAAAAUACAACUUUGGUGCUAUUUUAACUCAAAUUUAACUAUAAUUUAUUUCAUGAAAAAUAGUUUAUGGUUUUGUUUUUGUUUGAUCACGAUCGGCUAAUGCAUGGUAAAGAACUCAUAAUACUCAAGAUUUCACCACCUUAAAUCUGCAGUUUUUUUUUAAUAAGUGAAUUUCAAUAACAGAAUAAAAUUUAAACACUAAACACAAUUAACACAACUCAAACUUAAAUCAUAUUUAAGAUAAUAAACACUCUUAACUGUUAAAUCAUUACAUGAAAUUUUUAAAUUUGAAAUUUUAAAUAUAAAAAAUUGUUGUGCAAAACAAAUAUCAAAUGAUGGCUUCUUUUAAUGAUCACAAAAUGAGUUUAUUUAUAAUGAAAGGAAAUGUUUUAAAAGGGAAAAAUUGAUUCCGUAAUUAUUGCAUAAUCAAAAACAUGAAAACCCAAAUAUUCAAAGUUACUUUUUAUUUUAUUUAAUUUUUCUGAAGUUGAGAUAAUAAUUAACAACAGUAACAAGAAAUAAUAAUGUAACAAUAAAAUUUCCCAUGCUUUUGUGAUCGUUAAAGAUAGAUAUAAAGCAAAUAAAAGGAAAAAAAAAAAAAAAAGCCACAACUUUAAACUGUAACACACACGCACAAUCUCUGUUUGUCGACAAGUUUGACGCCCUGAAAAUCCCUGUGUUCUUUCUUUGUAGUUUUGCUUUUCAUUACAACCAGAGUUUCCACUUCUUGUUGUUGGACAAAAUCAGGAAAAAAAAGCGCUCAGAUCUUAGCACAUAAUAAAAAAUAAAACACCUCUAUUUUGGGAAUUGGGUUGUGUCCAAAUCUUGAAUUAGAGCCGUAGAUUCCAACGAAAAUAUCAAAUUUUCUGCUUUUAUUUCUUGAUUUUGGAGUAAAAAAAGCCAGAGCCGAAGGUGAAUGUAAUUUUUGUUUUCUUUUUCCUUUUUUCUUUUUUGCUUUGAAUUGUUGAAGUUAAUAUUUUAAAGAGUAAAGUUGGGAAUUUUCAUUGGGAUUUUCUUUUUCCUGUUUUUACUCUUCCUUGGAUUCCGGUGUUUUCUGAAGAAAAAGUUGGUUGCUUUAUUGGAAUCUGGGCUUAAACUGUUGAUGGGUCUUCGGUUAAUAUUAAAUCUCGGGGGAGGGGGUUGGAAUUGGAACUAGCUCACUUAAGAUUCUCAACUUUUCAGGUGUUCUUGGUUUCUGAGUAUUGAAGGAAUUCUCUGUUUUUCCUUUUAAAGCUAAAGAGUUCAGCUUUUGGGGUUGAUGCCUUGUUGGUUUCUUGGCUUAUAUUGAAGAAUUUUUGUGUUAAAAGUUCAUUUCCUUGGUGCUUUAUCAUGGAUUCCCCACAGUCAGUUGUUUCACCAUUCAAGAACUCUGUUGUAGCUGAGCCUGAGAAGCAGAAAACCGAGUUUUUCAGUAGGAACUCGGGUGGUUUGUUGUCAAAUGGGUCCGAGGUUAACAAAAAGGAAGAGAAUUCCAUUGGUGUUCUUGAGGUUUAUGUUCAUCAGGCAAGAGAUAUCCAUAACAUCUGCAUUUACCACAAGCAGGAUGUGUAUGCUAAGCUUUGUCUCACCUCUGACCCCGAAAGCACGGUUUCCACCAAGAUCAUCAAUGGUGGUGGGAGGAACCCGGUGUUCAAUGAUAAUCUACGCCUCAAUGUUCGAACUGUUGAUUCCUCCCUCAAAAUCGAGAUAUUCAUGAUGAGUAGAGUGAGGAAUUAUCUUGAAGACCAGUUGUUGGGAUUUGCAUUGGUGCCACUGUCUGAAGUGCUCCUCAAGAGUGGGAAGUUGGAGAAAGAAUUCUCUCUUUCUUCAACUGAUCUGUUCCAUUCACCUGCUGGUUUUGUCCAGUUGUCUCUUGCAUAUGCUGGAUUAUCUCCUGAAGUAAUCGCUAUUCCUGCUAUGCCUAGAGAUGUGGCUGCUGACGAAACUGUGAAGGAUUCGGAAACAAGUGAGUGUGAGUUGGAAAAGAUUGAGUUCCCGGAUCCCAUAAUCGCGAAUGAGAACCAGAUGAUGGUGUCCGAGUAUAUCGGAAUCCAAUGUUCUAAUUUGGACUCUGAAAGUUCCGAAAGUUUGGGCACCUCUGAUGCUGAGAGUCAAAUUAGUUCAGACAUGGGUGCUCGUUUAAUGGAGAGCUUCUCUACUGCUACAGUCAAUUCCAUCCAAGCCCCCAAGCUUGAUUCUCCUCCGAGCAGCGUGUCAACCAACGGGGUUUCAUCUCCUUCAGCUGGUGCAAGCUCUGAGUCCUUCGAUGGUCUGGCUGCUUCGAAGACUUCUACUCAGGAACACAUUUCAGCCCCGAAACAAAAAGCUGUGGAUGUUGGAGAUGUUGACACCCAUUCCUCAGGGGCACAAAGCAGUUCCAUCGUGAAACCUGUUGUUUCCGUUAACAUUGAGCCCGAGCAAAAGCUGGUGCAGCAAGACAUAGUAGACAUGUACAUGAAAAGCAUGCAGCAAUUUACCGAGUCAUUGGCUAAGAUGAAACUGCCUCUGGACAUCGACAGUGGACCGACCAAAUCGGAGAAUUCAAGUACCACUGAUCAGAAAAUACAGGCAUCGAAAAACACCGGCUCCCGAGUGUUCUACGGAAGCAGGGCUUUUUUCUAAGCUUCCUGAUCCUCUAUUCAAAGGAAGACACACAGGUGACUUUAGAAUUUUAGGGUGGAGACUAAUGCUACUAAUAGUGAAAUGUAAUAAUAAUGUAUCAUGUAAUGUGGUCUUUUCCUUUGUAUGUCAACAUGCUUUAGAUGAGAGGAGGCAAAAAUCAUGACUUUGUACUGUUAUUAGCUUUGUUCCAUUGCAGUUCCGGUUAGUAUAUAUGAACCUUUCCCUUUUUUUCUAUAA